AUUCCCCCACAGCUCUCCCCAGCACUCCUCUGGCCUCCUGCGUGCCUUAGCAGCUGCAGCUCAGCUCCAGCCUCUGAGAUGUCCUGCUACGACCUGUGCCCCACCUCUGCCUGCGGCAUCAGCCGGCCCCAGCCCCUGGCCGACAGCUGCAACGAGCCCUGCGUGCGGCAGUGCCCUGACUCCAGCGCCCUGAUCCAGCCCCCCCCGGUGGUGGUCACCUUCCCCGGGCCCAUCCUCAGCUCCUUCCCCCAGGAUUCCGUGGUGGGAUCUGCUGGAGCCCCUGUCCUUGGCACCUCUGGGGGCUACGGGCGCCUGGCAGGCUAUGGGGGCUAUGGGAGCCUGGGGGGCUAUGGGGGCUAUGGCUAUGGGGGUCUCUAUGGCUGGGGGAACUCCCUGGGCUACAGAGGCCUCUAUGGCUAUGGCAGAUCCUUUGGCUCUGGCUCCUGCAGCCCUUACUGGUCCAGCAGGUAUGGCCGUGGCAGCUGUGGGCCCUGCUAGAUCCUCCAGGUACAGCCCUAAGGAUAACUGCAGCAGACACAGUCCUGACCCCCAGCAGGUGCUGGGAGCUCCUGGCCCUUGCCACCCCACCACGGUGGAGCUGGCAGCACACAGCUCUAGACUCCUUCACCCUCCACUCCUGGGCUUUUCUUUCCACUGUGUGGUUGAUGCUCCUGUAGCUCCCCAAGCACAGAAGGGCAGGGCAGAGGCAGCUGCCUGCGCUCUGCUCUGUGCUCCUGAUGGCCUCAAGGCUCUCCUCUGAAUGCUGAUUUCUCAUUAAAGUGACUCUGCAGCAAACAAAUCAACUUCCAGUCCUGAUUUUUACUGCCCUGGGCUUACAGCUCUGCUCCUUGGGAUGUUUGGAGAGAAACCACACCAGCCCUC